AUGUUGCGUUCCUUGAUAACUCGCCCGAAAUUUCAGGUUUUGGGCCGGUUUUCGAGUGAACCACCAAAAGCUGCACCACCUCACGAUGUGUUUUGUGAUCCCGAGAAUCCACAAGUGCUUCAAUUUGGGCAAAUUUCAUCGGCCGCUUUCUCGAUUCGAGAUGGGAUCAUGAAGACUGAGUGUCGACAUUCGUAUCGCUUCUCGAAGUACCUUGACAUGGAGUUGUUUUUGAAAAUGGAGUUGAAUCAGGUUACUGGAAGCUUCAAGGUACGUUUUGAAUAGAUUUGUGUUUUAAAAUGAUUUUUAAUCAAAAAACGUUGAUUUUUUGGCCUAAAAAUUGAAUUUUUCAUGAGUUUUAAUGAAAAAAGUUAUCAUAACAAAGCUUAAUCCUCCUAAAAUUUUACCUACUAGUUCUUCAUACCAUUCUUUACCAAUUUUAUUAUCUAAUUGCCCCUAAUCUAUUCUAUUUUACAGGAACGAGGAGCUCGAAGUGCACUGUUACGUCUGACCGAUGAACAACGUAAAGCUGGCGUUUGGGCCGCUUCUGCUGGAAACCAUGCCUUGGCAUUGUGUUAUCAUGGUGGUCAAUUGAACGUGCCCAUCAAUGUUGUCAUGCCUAGAUAUGCACCUUUGGCCAAGAUUGACUUUUGCUCAAAAUUAGGGGCAAACAUCAUGGUUCAAGUGGGUUUUUUGAUCUAUCCUUGUGACAUUUUAAACUAUAGCUCUAAAAUGAAUGCUGGAACCAGCUUUUAUUUUUUACAGUAGUAUUUGCAGUAUCUCAGUGAUGUUAUGACAAAUUUUCAGGGUAAAGACAUAUCAGUAUCGCGAGAAAUUGCGUUAGAAAAGGCAGCGGCCGACCCGAAUGCUGUGUAUAUCAAUGGAUACGAUCAUAUUGAUAUCCUGGCGGGAGCUGGAACAGUUGGACUAGAAAUUAUGGACCAAGUCAGGCAUCUGGAUGCCAUUGUGAUUCCAGUUGGCGGGGGUGGACUGAUCGCGGGCAUGGCAGUGGCAAUCAAAACUUUGUUUCCAGACAUUUUGGUGAUUGGCGUUGAGGCCGAGGAGUGUCCUAGCUUUUCGGUAUGGAAACUUUUUAUGACUUCUUUGUAAUUUUUGAAUUUCAAAAGAUUAAAAAUUUUAAUUUUUUAAAAAUUUGAAAAUUUCAGAACGCCUUAAAGCAAGGUAAAGCUGUCUACACGGCUUCACAUCCAACUCUGGCCGAUGGCUUGGCCGUUCCCACUGUUGGAGUUAAUGCCUACGCGUCGGCAAAGGGUUUGGUAGACAAGAUUGUUACAGUAAGUGAGCAAAACAUUGCAUUGGCCAUUUUGCGACUAGUCGAAUGGGAAAAAGUCAUCACGGAAGGCGCUGGGGCUACUUGUGUAGCUGCACUUUUAAGUGGUCAGUUUUUUGGUUUGUAAAGAAAGUUCUUGCAAUUUUUUGUUUUGUAAAGAAAGUUAUUGCCAUUUUUUAGUUUGUAACUAAAAUUCUUGCCAUUUUUUGUUUUGUAAAGACAAUUAAAACUCAUUAACAGUUAUUAAAUGAUGUUAUUCUUCAGAUACCCUACCCGAACUCAAAGGAAAGCGUGUAGCGUGCGUGUUGUCGGGCGGUAACAUCGAUUCGACCGCUUUGGGGGUUGUCAUUGAACGGGGUAAAUCAGCCUACCAAAAAAUUUAUAAAAAAUUAAACAUUUUUUAAACACCCCCUCUUCCAGGCAUGGUAACCGACAUCCGUCUGUGCAGUUGCAAUGUUGUAGUAUCGGACCGGCCUGGUGGUGUGGCCGAAUUGGCCGGCAUUAUCGGCCAAUGUGGUGGCAGUAUCAAGAGCAUGUACAUGGAUCGGACUUGGCUACGACAAAACGUGUUUUCGGUCAUGGUUAAGGUCACGGUGGAGACGAGGAACGCCAAGCACGCCGAUGAAAUCAAACAAGCGCUGAAGCAACGGUACGAAGAUGUAGAUUUUAAACUGGGUGUCAAUGUAAAGUAG